AUGAUUGUGAGACAUAGUUUAACAGAUGACAAUAAAUUGGAGCAUUUAUUCUGGGCAAAUGAUUUAAGUCGAUUUGACUAUCAAUAUUUUGGUGAUGUUCUAGCAUUUGAUUCUACCUACAGAAAAAAUAAGUAUAAUGGACCGCUAGUUAUCUUUUCAGGAACAAACUAUCAUCGCCAAACUUGUAUUUUUGGCUUCGGUUUGCUAUCAUAUGAACAAACAAAAUCAUACAAGUGGUUACUAGAUAACUUUUCAGAGGUGAUGAUGAAUAAGCAUCCGAGUCUUGUUAUAACGGAUGGUGAUAAUGCCAUGAAGAGUGCAAUUGAAGAAGUAUUUCCAAGUGCUACCCAUAGAUUGUGUGCUUGGUAUCUGUAUAAAAAUGCAGUAUCUCAUAUCAAGGACCCUGGAUUUCGUGAGAAAUUUAAGAAAUGCUUGUAUGCCAAAUUUAAAUGUGAUGAAUUUGAAGAGUAUUGGCAUGACAUGGUUGAAAGGUUUAAUCUUGUGGGAAACGAUUGGGUAGAGAAACAAUAUAGAAGGAAAGAAAAAUUGGCUACUGCUUAUUUGAGUAGCAAGGACUACAGAAAUGCUGAGAUUGUUGCUGAAUUCAAAACACUAAAUGGAGAACAUGUGCCCACAACAGGUUUACAUUCUCUUGAGCGUCAUGCUGCGUCAGUGUAUACAAGGGAGAUAUUUUGGAAAAUAUUAGAAAAGAUAAAAAGUGUGGCAACUUUGGAUAUUAUGCGGUCUGGUAGUCGUUCAACAACUACAGAGUACAAGAUCAUCAAGUAUGGAAGACCUGAUCAUGAGUACAUUAUUUUAUAUGAUCAAGAUACUCAGAAGAUGGUGUGUCAAUGUCAAAGAUGGGAUAGUUAUGGCAUUCCAUGUUCUCAUAUGUUUUGUGUGAUGAAACGGGAACAGAUCAAAGAAUUACCAUAA